AUGUCCCUAAAGUUGUAUUACGAUUUAAUGUCUCAACCAUCCAGAGCUCUGUACAUUUUAUUGAAGUCUGUUGAAUGCAAGUUUGAAUCAAAAUAUGUGGAUUUACGAAAAGGUGAACAUUAUUCAGAAGAAUAUUCUAAAGUGAAUAGACUACAAAAAGUUCCAGUGAUUGAACACAAUGGAUUUGUUCUUACUGAAAGUGUUGCCAUAAUAAACUACUUGUCUCGAGAAGGUAUCAUCCCAGACAACUUAUACCCAAUUGAGAGUAAGUCACGAGCGCUAGUGCAAGAAUAUCUGGAAUGGCAGCAUCUCGGGCUUAGACUACAUUGUGCCAUGUUCUUCAGAGUUAAGUAUAUGGAUCCAAUUCUAUUCGGUCGAUCUCCAAGCGAAGAACAAAUAAAAGGUUAUGAGCAACGUAUGUUAUCCGCCUUAGAACUCCUUGACACUAAGUGGCUGGGGAGAAACACUGAAUUCAUUGCUGGAAAUUCCGUAACUGUCGCUGACUUGAUGGCCGCUUGUGAAUUGGAGCAACCUAGAAUGGCAGGUUUUGAUCCUAAACACAAAUUCCCCAACAUCGCAGCCUGGUGGCCAAAAGUGAAACAGUAUUUCAACCCGCACUAUGAUGAGGCUCAUGUUAUACUGAACAAAAUUGUUCACAAGCAACACAAAAUUACUUCUAAGCUAUAG